AUGCAGUCCAGCUAUGAGUCUGAUGAGCCGGAUGCUGCUGGUCAGCAUCACCCGCAGCACCACCCUCAACCAGAGCCGGAGCCAGAGCCUGAGCUGAAGCCAGAGCCAGAGCCAGAGCCCCAACACAACUAUCCUCCCCGCGUGUGCCGCAUCUGCCUAGAGACCGUCUUGCCAACAUUGCAACCGUCCGAGUUUUUACAAAGACCUCGCGUCGUGUAUCUCUCCGAAGACCCGGAACUAGGUCGCCUGCUCCGCCCAUGCAAAUGCAAAGGCUCCUCGCGUUAUGUCCACGAGGGCUGUCUGCAAACAUGGCGUCACGCUGACCCCCGGUAUGGCCGUCGCAAUUUCUGGCAGUGUCCUACCUGCGGCUCCCAGUAUCGCUUGGAAAGGUUAACCUGGGCUCGAUGGAUCAGUAGUACGACAACACAGAUUUUCGUGACCAUAGCCAUCUUGUUUUUGACCGUUUUCAUCCUUGGUUUUGUUGCUGACCCCAUCAUUGAUUUCUACCUCGGUCCCCUGGAUGAUAUUCCCCUGGAUAUUGACAUUGACGACGAGAGUGCCUCCUGGCUGGAACAUAUUGUGAAAGGGAUGGCCUCUUUGGGCCUACUGUCGUUUAUUCGGGUCGCUUUUACCAUGUCACCUUGGUGGGGCGCCCGCAGCAUUGCCGGCGGUCGUUCUACCAAUGGUCGAGAUCGGGUGCGCUCGUUGAACUGGCUUUUCGUUGUGAUGGGGAUCGUCAGCUUCUUAUGGGCUGUCUACAAAGGUGUUCGAUCAUGGACCAAGCGCUCUCUUGAAUGUGCCGGCGAACGUGUCAUGGAUGUUCCUCUCCCGGAUGACGAGGAAGAAGAACCUGGGCCAAUGCCCGACGUAAAGUCAGAUCCAAAUUCAGGUCAAGAACCCGAACCUGCCUCUCAACCUCCCCCUUCACCAUUUCAUGCUGCAAUGGCGCAUGAGGCUACUGCCACCUCUUCAUUUGUAUCAGAUCGCACUACUUUAAGUUGCCGUGCUCCUUUCCAAUGA